AUGAGAUCAGCAUAUCUCUUCCUCCUGAUCUGUGCUUCACUGUGCUCAGCACGGCCGAUCCAAAUCCAAGAAUCACUCAUCCAGCACCAACAAGUCCUGGUCAAUUUGGAACAUGAUAGCACACAGCCAUAUAAGUUGCAGGGAUCCAACAUCCGAGAACCUGCACUUCGCAAAUACCUUAGUUCUUAUCAAGAGACAGAGUCAUUAGUGAUCUCCUCGCCACUCAAGAAGACUGAAAAGGGGCCCAAAUGUUUCUUGGAUCGAUAUGGGAGCUUCGUCGGCAAAUAUUUUACCCCACGUCAUCACAACACUACAUCCAGCCAGACUGUUAUAAUAUAUACCCACACUGCGAGUAUCUUCGAUAUGUUCAGUCGGCACGGGCCUGAAUGUGUCAUGCUCUCUAUAUUUGUUCUUUUCCCAAUCGCAUACUGCCUUCUUGAGUUACUUGAACUAGCCUACAGGUGCUGUACGCGAAAACAGAAUAAAGAACAAGAGGAUAUGUACCGAAGCACAGCUGGAGUGUGUUUGCUCGGUCCAGAGAAACAGCUGCGCGUAUGGAGCAAUAAACAGCUAGAGGUACUUGAGAUGGUCACAGAGAAAAUGGAGAAGGAUGACUGUCAAACUUGA